AUGGGACCAGCCAAUAAAUCCCAAACAUCUCCAGACACUUUCUUGCUGAUGGGCAUCCCAGGACUAGAGCACCUGCAUGUCUGGAUUGGGAUUCCCUUCUGCUCCAUGUAUGUGGUGGCUGUGGUGGGGAAUAUGACCAUUCUGGCCGUGGUGAGGACAGAGCAAAGCCUCCACAAGCCUAUGUUUCUCUUUCUGUGCAUGCUCUCAGUCACUGACCUGGUCCUCUCCACAUCUACACUGCCUCGCAUGCUCUGUCUCUUCUGGUUUGGAGCCCAGGACAUUGCCUUUGAUGCCUGCCUGACCCAAAUGUUCUUCAUUCAUAGUUUUACUGCUAUGGAAUCAGGCUUCUUUUUGUCCAUGGCCAUUGACCGCUAUGUGGCCAUUUGCCAUCCACUGCACCACACCACCAUUCUCACCCACACUCGCAUCGCUAAAAUGGGAGCCUCUGUGGUACUGCGGGGAGUGGCCUUCUUUUCCCCACAUCCUAUCCUGCUCAGACAGCUGCCCUACUGCAGGACUCGAAUCAUUGCCCACACCUACUGUGAGUUCAUGGCUGUGGUGAAGCUGGCGUGUGUGGACACAGGGCCCACUAAGCGUUACAGCCUCAGUGUGGCCUCUGUCAUUGGUUCCUGUGAUGGGUUAUUCAUUGCUGUGUCUUAUGUCCUAAUCCUUCGUGCAGUCUUUCUUCUUCCAUCGCGGGAAGCAAGUCUUAAAGCCCUAGGCACUUGUGGCUCCCAUGUCUGCGUCAUUCUCGUUUUCUACUCCACAGCUGUCUUUACCUUCCUCACUCACCGUUUUGGCCACAGUGUGGCCCCCCAAAUUCAUAUCUUCAUUGCCAAUGUAUACCUUCUGGUACCACCUUUUCUUAACCCCAUUGUUUAUGGUAUAAGGACCAAGAAAAUUCGAGACCAUGUUCUUAGUUCUCUAAUGGUAAAGGUUGCUUGAUUAUACUGAAAUUGUUUGCACAGAUGGUAUAAGAAUAAGGAGGGAAGAAUAUAAAUGACUUAUCCCUUUUUCAUAACUGACAUGAUGCCUUUUCCACUGGUAUCAGACAUCUUAUCAGAUUUUAAUGGGGAAGAAUGACCAUACAUGAUAGAAAUUUCUCAGUUCUAAUUAAACUAGUACACUUAAUAUAUUCUGUCUGCCUUUGAAUUUUGGGGAGCUUACUUAGAACCUGAUGAACUUAAAGGGACUCUCUUCUUUUUAUGCUGCUAGUGAUCAUUUGUGGUGUUAACUGGGGUAGUAGUUUAUUUUCAAAUAGGGAGUGAUUUUAAAAGGAAGGAAAUCCAUGAGAACCUCAAAGAAUUCCACAUAAAGUAUAGGUGAUUGAAAAAUUAAUUAUAACUGUAAAUAUCCAGAGAAGAGGCAAUAUAUCAGGGUUGAUGUCCUCUGAAUACAACAAGUAAUUGUGUUUUAUUCCUACAAACUGACAAACUGGACAAGCUGUCAAAUAGAAAUGUGGAAAAGUUCAACAUUGCUAUAAAUAAUCAAGUCCACAGAUCUGUAAGCAUUGUAUUGCUCAUAGAGUAUUCUCUCUCCACCAAGAGUAACAUGUGUCUGCAAUUAUUUUCUUACCUGAACCAACAUGGGAUUUCUAAACCUUUAUCCUGAAAACAAAAUUACUUUAUGUUUGAUGUUACAUACUUGGGAGUUUGCCCAGGGCAUUGGCAGCCCACUGAGCUAGAUUCAGGUAUGCUGGUAUUUAUAUGUAACAAGUCCUUGUUCAGAGAUGAAGUCUAUUAUUACAAAUAGCUCAAUUUAAAUUU